UGUGUGAAAUUAUUAAUAAUAGAAAGAAAGCAAUUUCUGAAUAUCGUAAAUGUCGUGCAAUGCACCGAAAAAAUAUACUUGAAAUAAGAAAAAAGCAAAUAGCAAUACUUUCUACAAUAAUUGCUAGCAACCGGAGGAAGUGCUGGACUUUGAAAAGAACAAAGAAAUUUUGGGAAGUGGAUUGCCAGAAAAAUGGUCCAAAUUUUUUCAAAGAAAAUUUUCGCAUGAGUUUGGAAUGUUUUAAGGAGUUAUGUGAAUUAUUAAAAGGACUACAGAAAAGAGAUACAACCUUUCGAAUUUCAAUUUCUUUAGAAAAGAGAAUUGCUAUUGGCUUGUAUUGCCUUGGGUCGUCGGCUGAAUACAGAAGCGUAGCAAAUCUGUUUGGUGUUGGCAAGUCAACCGUGUGCAUUUGCCUGAAAUUAUUUUGCCAGGAGGUGUGGAAAAUUCUUUCACCCUUGUACAUGAAUGCAUUUCCAUUAACAAGCGACAAGGUGAAUGAGUGCAUCAGAGGAUUUGAGGUUCUUGGUUUUCCACAAUGUUUAGGUGCAAUGGAUGGAAGCCACAUUGAAAUAAAACCAGAAUCUCAGAAUGCUGUAGACUACUAUAACUAUAAAGGGUGGUACUCGAUUGUUUUGUUUGCCCUCGUAGAUUAUAGAUACCGUUUUCUUUAUAUAAAUGUUGGGUAUCCUGGAAGAGUCAAUGACUCUUUUAUUUUUGAAAAUUCAUCACUUAAGAGCCAGUUAGAAAAUUGUGUUGCUUUAGAAGACAAAAGUAGGGUGAUUAAUGGUGUCAAAAUACCCGUAUUGAUCCUAGGUGAUUCUGCAUUUCGAUUUUCCACCAAAGUUAUGAAACCAUACCCUUAUGAUGAAAACGCUAGCAUUGGUCAAAAAACUUUUAACUACCAAUUAUCUAAAUGUCGAAGAGUGGUUGAAAAUGCUUUUGGGCAGCUUAAGGCAAGGUUUCGCAGAAUAGGGAAGGGCAUUGACAACAAAAUCGAAAACGUGAACAGCAUAAUACGAUCCUGCUGUGUUCUUCACAACUUUUUAAAUGAAAAAAAUGAUGUAGUGGAAAAAAGUUGGGUACGUGCUCUGAAAAAACAACAUCUGGUUUCAGAACGACAACAACCAGAAGAAGUUUCAGUAUUAAAUGACGGCGAUCUAAAUGCAGAACAAAUAAGACGAUGUUUAGCUACAUUUUUUAGUGUUUCAGAAUCUUCCGACGUAGAUAUUGGAUCUAUCGGCGGAGAAGAGCAUGGCGACAGCAACGAUGUAUCAUUUGAUGAUGGUGCCUGGUCUGAUAAAUAA